AUGGACGAGGAUGCGGAACGAGCGUAUAUGAAGGCAGGAUACGCCGCGCUGGUCGUAGCCCUGGUACUCUAUGGGAUGCAAAUCUUCAUGGUCUUCAACGGCGUCCUGCUCUACCGCGAAGCCCCCCGCCAAAUCCAACGAACGCGACGACCAUACACGAUCCUCAGCUGUGUCAUAUGUGCCCUCUACUCGGUUGGCGUUGUUACGGACUUGGUGAAAGUGGAGAAGGUGUUCGUCAAAACUGAAUUUGAGGUGGCGGAAUUUGAGUCUUCGGUGCAUUGGUCGGCCGUAAUGGGAGCUACGUGCAUAUUUAUCGGGAACCUGGCGGGAGAUGCUUUGUUGGUUUAUCGGUGCUAUCUCAUUUGGCAGGAUCUGCUGUUCGUCCUGGCUUUCCCUGUCAUCGUUUUCUUCGUCUUUGCCGGACUUGGAAUCGCCUAUCUCGUCAAAACUUCAGUUCCAGGAGCACCACACCCCGCAGCGCUAUCCUCGGCCUGGUACAUGUUCUCCGCCAUCCUCAACAUCGUCGUCACUGGCCUCAUCGUCGGCCGCCUUAUGCAUGCUCGCCGCCGGGUCGCUAGUGUCCUAACCCUCGUCGAGUUGAAGGUGUACACGGGCGUGGUGGCAGUCUUGAUUGAAUCGGCGCUCCCGUUGUGCUUGGCUGCGAUUAUAGCCGCUAUAGUCAACCUCCCGCAGGUUGUACACCCGAGUAGAAACUUUUUCACUUCGCUGUGGGUGUCGCUGAGUGCAUUCUGCCCUCAAUUAAUUAUUUACCGGGUUGCUUCUGGAAGAUCGUAUACAGGGGACCCUGUACGAACGAGAGGUGUCGAUAGCCGGCCUUUGGACCUCGAGUUUGCCACUACUUCUCGAAGGAACGACACCACGCUGGAUGAACUCGAGUUGACUACUACGGGGUCCGACUUUCAAAAGACGGUUUCCAGGGAGCUGCAUUUGGAUUCGAAAGUGUCUGGUUCGGACCUAGCGCGGGGUGUGUUCUUCAUGUUCAAUGGAUCUUCUGUGUUUGAGAUAUAUCUCCGGCCCGUUAGCACACUUGAGCCAAAGGGACGCCCGUCUGCCGACGGGUACGACCAUACGUCAAGGCGCUAG